AUGGACAAAAUUACAAAUCUAGAAAAUUGCAAAUUAAAUGAUAAAGCAGAGAAUUGUAAAAAUUAUAUUGAUGAAUUAAAAAAAGUGUCUAAUAUUUUUCAAGGCAAGAAUUUAGAUUCAUUUGAUUCCAAUUCAACUAUUGAUGAAAAUAAAAUUAUGAACGCCACUGAUACGUGCAACCUGUGUAUUGACAAAAAUAAUGAAAGGAACAGCAAAAGGAUGGCAGAUAUAGAGAAAGAUAUGAGGGAGGGCACUAUCGAGGGAACCAAUAAUAACAGUAAUGCCGAUGUUAGCGGAACUGGUAACACAAGCGGUAAUAACAAAAUUAACAUCACCAGAAAUAGUUACAAUAACUAUUGUAGUAAUGGAUGUAGUAAUGGAUGUAGUAAUGGAUGUAGUAAUGGAUGUAAUAAUGGAUGUAGUAAUGGAUGUAAUAAUGGAUGUAAUAAUGGUAGCACGGGAAUGCCAUGCUUCGGUAGUUUUAUGAAGAACCAGAUGAUCGAAUUUUUAAGUACUCCACUGAUUAAUGAACGGGAUUGUACUUAUAAUAGUAAUGAGAUUGAAAAAGGGAUAAGAACUAAUGAACGAGCUUUGAACGGCAAUAAUGAUGGUAAUACACAUACAUAUAAUGUUAAUGAAGUAAAUAAGAUAAAUUCUAUGUGUUUAAAUAAUAUGGCUGAUAUAAAUUUAAUGCAUAAGAGAGAUAAUGAUAAUAGGUUUAACUCGAAUGAUAAAUGUAAUGAUGGGGAUUUAUGUAAUAUGAUGAACUGUGUAAUGUAUAACAACGAAAAGCAUUCUAAAAAUAGUAAAAGUAUUCACUACGAUGGGAAUCAUAAUAAUGUAGAUAAUAACAGUACCUUUAAUAAUAGGGAUGCAAACGAUUGUGCUAUCAGUAAUACAAACAAUUGUGCGAUGUGGGAUGCAAACAAUGAUGAUCACUUUAAAUUAAUAAAGUUAUAUUUAGAAAAAAUAAUCGAAAAAAAGGAUGAUAUGAACAGGAAAAAUUAUACAUGUCAGGAUAAGGACUUACAAUUAAGCGAUAUGCACAUAGAUUAUGACUGUCUAUGUGAACAUUUAAUGAAGCUCUACUGCAUCGAAGGUAGUUGCAGUAUUACUGGUGAUAAUAAUAGAGGAUAUAAUUGCUUCCAUAAUAGUAGCAGAAAUUCUUUUUCUGUCAUUCCUGUGAAUGGUACAAAUAACGACACGGGUAUAACAAACCCAGGUGAUGAUAAAAUUGUGCAAAAUGCGAAAAAUGUAGAGGAGUACACAAAUGAGGAAGAAAAAAAAGAUGAUGAGUUAUUGAAAUGUAAGCGAGAACAUAAAGAAAACAGUAAAUACAACGAAAGUCAAACAUUUCAAAGUAACAGCGAAUGUUUGAAUACACAAAUGAGUGCACCAUUUGAAGAUGGAAAAGAUUUCCUAUUUAAAAAUAUAGCCAUAAAAAUAUACAAUUAUUUAAGAAAUUAUAAUGCACCAUUAUUUGAGGAGAUAAAGAAAAGGUCCAUUUUAAGCGCAGGUAAUGGCAACAUCGGUAGUAGUAGUACUAGUAACGAUGUUAUUAGGAAUAGACCAACUGGUGGGACUAGCGCCUCAAGUACCGCUUUGAAUGGCACUUCGAAUGGACAAGUCAGUAAGGAUAACUCUAUUGAUGAUCAUAAUAAUAAUAAUCAAAAGAAGAGAAAGGUUUCUAAGGAAGCUAAUAUAUCUGUGCCACUAUUGCUUGUGUAUAUAGCCAACACAUAUUGUACAUGUGAGUCAAGUAAAAAUGGGAAUAGUAACACAACUACGAAGAGAAAACUACGUAAAAAGGUGCUUAACGAAAUAAUGUUUGGUCUUAUAAAUUCUGAUCCUGAUAAAUAUGUAGAACAAAUACUAUGUAAUAUUAAAAUGUGCUUUAUCCAAAUACUUGAUUAUUUAAAAGAGUAUACAUCUGAAUGGGUCUGUAAUAUUUAUAACGACGAGGAAUAUUUUUACCAUUUUAGAAAAAUUAUUUCGAUAGACAGUUCAUACAUUGAUAUGAAUUCUAUUCUUUAUUAUGCAAAAUGUUUUACUAAAUUGAAAAAGAAAUCAUCUAGCGAUUUUGUUUCGUGCUACAAGCAUUUUUUAAAUAAAGGUAUAAAAGAAAAGGAAAAGCUACAAGGGUACGAGUUGAAACCGAAUAAUCUUCUGUCUGAUGCGGAAGAGGAAGAUGAAGAAGCAGAAGUAGAAGGAGGGGCAGAAGUAGCGACAGAGACAACAGAAAAGAAAACGAAAAGGAAAAGCAGAAAGAGAAUGAAAAAUAGAAAAUAUUAUGAACAACAAGCACAAAAAUGUGCAUAUAGUGCGAAUGUGUGUGAGAAGAACCAAUGUGUAAAUAGAUCUUUAAAAAGAAAACAUAGCUUAACUGAUGAAGCCAUUGCAGAAAACUACACACAUAAGCAAAUUAAGAUAGACACUAUUUCUACCGAUGUAAACUGUGUAAGCAGCGAAAUGCACAAUUCAAUUAUGCAUAAUAACACAAUACAAGAUAAAGAUAUACAUAAUAAUGAUAUAACUUUGAAGAUAAAAAAGGACAAAGGUAAAGAGGAAUAUAGCAUGAAUACGGGUGCAAAUACAAAUAGUAUACUGAGCAAAGAUAAGGAAAAUGAUGAAGAAGACAAAAUAUAUUAUGCUCCCAGUUACAUGAGAACUAGCAUUGAGACUGUGAUUAAUGACAGUGCAAAGAUGGAUAAGUACGAGCAUAAUUUCAAGUUGAAGUUGUAUAAUGAGGAUGAAUCGGAAGAAGCAGUAAUAGUGGACGCAGAGUUAGAAGCAGAGGAAGCACCAGAUGUAAUACGGUUUGUUGAGAACAAGAAGUGUUACUCGAAAAAUGCCCUUUUCAAUGAUAACAAAUUACCAAGGGAUAUUAUAAAUAACACAAACAUGGAUAAGCAUUACACAUCUCAGGAGGGGAAUAGAUGUCCUCAAAAAUUUGAAGAGAUGUGUGCAGAAAAUGGUGAUAAGAAGGGAGAAGGUCAUAUAGAAUCGUCAGAAAUAAAAGAGGAAAAAAAAGAUUAUUACGUACUUGUUCAAAGUGCUCAAACAGUUGGUGGUCAUGAAGAGAAGGAAGGUGAGCAGGAGGAAGAUGUACAAGUAUCGUGUAUGAACAACAAGAACUACUUCGAUGAAACUUUUGCUGAUAAAGGACUAAACAGUCUAGAUGUAAGCACUGAUAGAAAGGAAGGACAUGUAGGUUGUAUUAUCAAAGAAAAGGAUCUGAGAAAUGAAGUAGAUGAGAAUCAUCAAAAAUGUAGAGAUACUCGUUAUGUGGAAGAUCAGAGCAGGGAUUAUUUGAAUAAGCAUAACAAUGUCUUAAGUGAAAAUGUUUUAUCAUAUAUAAAAUAUUCCAUACAUAGUGAUGAUAAAGGUAUAGUGCAGGGGGAGGACUUAGAUGCAUCAGCUGGAAACCUGUUACAAGUCAGUGGUAAGAAGAUUGGAGUGUGUGCUAAUUUUGAUGGAGAGGAGUAUGACUCAGUAUAUAAAAGCAGUCACUCGUCGAAUAAUUUAAUGCUAAAAGGAAAAAAGAAAGAUGAGAAUGAGGAUGAGGAUGAGGAUGUUGUGCAUGUUAACAUGGAUGUUAAUAUUGAUGUCGAUGUAGAUGUCGAUGUAGAUGCCAAUAUAAAGGACAGUGUAGAUGCCAAUGUAAAGGACAGUGUAGAUGCCAAUGUAAAGGACAGUGUAGAUGCCAAUGUAAAGGACAAUGUAGAUGCCAAUGUGAAGGACAAUGUCAAUGGUGAGAAGAAUAAGCAGUAUACUACUGUUAUCACGCUGACUGAAAAUAAUAUUUCGUAUUUACUGAGUGAAAAGAAAAAGAUGAAUAUGAAGAAUAAGAAAGGGAACAAUCCAAACAUCGAUGAAAUUGCUUCAAACGAUGAGUUAUUAGUGAACAAUGAAUCUGUCUUGAAUAUCUCCAUCUCGAAGAACAUAAAUCCAAAGGAGGGAAACAUGAACAAAACAAAUGCCUUCACUAAUGUAGCAUCAUACAUAAAGAACGUGAAAAAAAUCAAUAAGAGAAGAAGCAGGAUUAAAUUAAUUUAUUUAAAAAAAAUCAUGAACACUUUAUUUUGUAGAGAUGUAUUCACGUACUCCAUUAUAUUUAGUCCUGUAUUAAUAAAAGUAGGGAAAGGUACAUUAGCAAUAAAAGGAAAUAUACUAUACAACAUAAUUUUAAAGUUAAAUAAUCUUAGAAUUGUCGAAAUAGAGAAUCAAAAAAUGAACAGAUUAGCUUUAUAUAAAAACGUUAACAUGGGUGGAAAUCAUGAACACAUGAACUAUUUACUAAACCAGUUUUUACAUCAUUGGGUAAGCAGCUACACUAAUGGGCGUAAAGGAGUCGAAGAAGUAGGAGUAGACGCAGGUGCACGCAGAAAUGGAGACCAAUGUGUAGACGACCAAAUAAAUAGCAAAAUGAUAUAUCAUAUAGCUACCAACUGGAUGAAUAAGGAACGAACGAAUCUGUAUAAUAAUUACAAUUGCAACGAACAGGGGAAAUAUUCUGAGCACGACGACGAACAGGAGAUCAUUCGAAAGUUCUCUGUUCUGUUGUUAGAUGAUAUAAGGGAAGAUAUUCUAUAUAGGAAAAUGCAUUUAUUAAAAGAAAAUUUGCACAAAAAUAAUGAAGACUGUAUGUGCAUCCGUAAUCCCAUUAUCGAUAGUUUUGACAGUUUUGACAGUUUCAUUAAUUACAUUCUUAACAAUGAUCAUCGCUUUUCUUCUUACAUGAACCGAAUAUUCUUGGGUAAUGGGAAUAUGUACGAUGGUAGGGCAUAUACAGAAAAUUAUGGAAAUAAAAAUGGUACUACUUAUGUUAGAGAUAACGACACUGCUUCUAGUAUCAACAAGCAACUAGUGGAUCUUAUCAAGGACAUGCUGCUUCAGUAUGAUGGAAAUAUGAGCAAGUGUGUGGAACAGAGUAUUAGUGCCCACGUAAACGAUCAUGAUGAGGAAGAACUAACUGAUAAGAACAAUAAAGAGGAUAGUGGAAUUACCAACAAUCAGAGUGAUACUCGCAACGAGUGCAACUCAACUACCGAUGCACCCAAAAAGGGAAGUAAGAAGGGAAGCGAGGAAGUUAACGCUGAGGGGGUUGAUGAACACAAUGAUGGAGAUGAUAACGCGAAUAACAAAGAAUAUAGAGGUAUUGGUAGUAGUAAUGUCGCUAGUAAUGGCAGUGGUUAUCCUGUUACUGACCGCACUAAUGAGAGUAAUGCGAAUAACACAAGUGAUUCCGCUAACAUGGCUAAUACGAAUGUUCUAAAUAAGGAAAUUUUUUUUAAAUUAUUAAAAAUUUAUUUAUUGAGUAAGACUUUAAAUCUAAGGGAACUGAACUGUAAGAAUAAUUUCAACGAACAAAAUGGUCUGCGAAACAAUGCUGAGAGAGGAAUUUUCAAUAAAGGUGAUAUGCUAAAUGAUAGUCUAGAAGAUCCAGUCGAUAACCUACACGUUAGCAGUAAUUGCACAUGCGAAAGUAGCUGGAAAUGUAGCAAUAAUAAUAACACAUAUCUUGGUUAUGUAUUGAAUAACUCGAAGGAUUACUACAACUUGCCUUACACCUAUGACCAUUAUCACACAAAUUGCAAAAACAUUCUAAACAAUUAUUUGUUUAAAAAUAUUUAUUUGAACUCAAAUAUAACUAGCACGUUUAAUCUAACACAUAAUAGAUCCUUUCCAUUAAAUGAGGAAAAUAAAGAUUAUCGUGGAGCAAUGAACUAUAAUGGAAAUAAUUUCUUAUCUUCUUUGAAUCCAUGGAAUGAUAUGAAGCAUCUAUAUCAAGGUUUUGGUAAAAACGCAAAUAAAUGCACGCAUCAUAUUAGCGACUACAACAGUAGUAGCGUUGGUAAUAGUGGUAAGGAGAAGAUACCCUUCUCAGAUGUGAACCCUAGUCAGAUAGCUAGUUUCUUCUUAACAGAGCAUAAUACAGGGAAAGACGGCAGUUGUAGUAGUAAAGAAAGUACAAAAUUAAAUACAUUAAAUGUCUAUAACAUUAUUAAGCCAAAAAACAAUAAUGAUGUUAAUAAAGAACACGCUGAUAAUAACAGUGCUUUCAGUCCGUAUGAAAUAAACGUUAAAAUGAAUAUUUUAAAUAUACUUAGGAACAAAAGUUUACAUCAAGGAAAUUUGUAUUACGACAAAAUGAUACAUGAAGUGAAGCCCCUUGAGGAGAGUAAUCGUAGUGCCGAGUUGAACCAUGUUCUGGGGGGAGAUGGGAAUGCAUCCAGUGUUAGUGGAGCAUACGUAAAUGGCAUUGACCAGGGUGCUGUGCACUUGGACAGUUGUACCAGAGGAAAUAACAGCGGUAAUAGCAGAGGUAAUGGAAGCGACAAUUACAGUGGAAAUAGCACUAAUUGUGCAUGUUACAGAUAUAAGAACCUACUAAAUAGCGAAAUAAGCAAAAGUGUUUCAAAGAACUACACAAAUAUGAAAAAUGGAAGUAACACAGAUAAGAAGAACCACAAGGAUAUUCAAGAACACCUUAUAGAGGAGUCCCUACGAAAUAAUAAUAGCCUGUUUGUUGACCUAAAAUGCCCAUAUGGUAAUAUAAUAGACGAUGAUUCGAAGAACUGCGAUUACCUGUACAGCUGUAACAAUGGUGAUAUUGGCACUGGGCGCUCUAUUAGCGCAGGUACAGUCAACAGUACAGUCAACGGUACAGUCAACAGUACAGUCAACGAUACAGUCAACGGUACAGUUGGCGGUACAGUCAACGGUACAAUCAGCGAUACAGCCAGCGGUAGUAGCAACACCGUUUUAAUGCUGUCGUAUUUGUAUGGGCUAUUAGAGAAGAGCAAGAACGGGGAAACUACAAUUGACAAGUCAAUAGCCGAUGUGUAUAACCAUUUAUAUAAAUACUUUUCCAAAUGUAAUAAUAGUGGUUUAUUACACAAGUUUAUGAAGGGGGUGGAGGACCAUCAUACAGGUAGAACCAUUAAUGAGGCCAUUUGCACUGGUGGUGAUGAAAACUCAAAUGCAAAAGGGUUCAUGGACAGUUGUAGGUUUUAUGAGGGGGAUAUAUACGUGCUUAAUAAUGGAAGUGGUAGCGGUAGUAGUAAUAGUGGUAAUGGUAAUGGUGGAGCCAAGUCGAAAAGGGAGCAUGGGAAUUUGACGGAUGAUACAAAUAGAUAUUGCGACUAUUUAUAUAAUGAUAAGAAUAAUAGUAACUAUAAUGAUUUUAUUUAUAAUGAGAAUUUAAGAAACGAAAAGAAUUAUGAUUUAAAUGAUGAAGAACAACCUAAGAGUGAGAGUAACAUGAUAUAUCAUGAGAAUAACAAAAGGUGUAAAGUGAACGAAAACAAAAUAAAGAAUUGCUUGUCCACGUUGUACAAUUCUAUCUUGUAUAAAUCAGGUUUCUACCCAGGAGAAGGUUCGGUCAUCAGUGCUGGUAUCAUUAGUGCAAGUGAUGCAGGGAAUAAUGGAGGUGGGUUAGUAGGAUUGGACAAUGAUAGCACACACAUUGGCAGUAACACUAACAUUAACAUUAACAUUAAUGGUAAUAGCAGUAAUAACAAUAGCAGCAACGAUAACAGCAAUAGUAAUAAUAAUAGCAACAUCAACAAAUUUAUGAGCCCUCGAAGGAGCAGCAAUCUAUGCGAGUACUUGUCAAACUUUACGUACUCUAACAUGAAUGAAACGAACAACGAAAAUGUCAAUCACAUCGAUGAGCUAGGAAAAUUCUUGCUCGUUAGAGGUGAACCCAGUAAUAGUGGAAAUGACGACUGUGUCAAUGGAGAUGGAAAUGGAAGUAGAAGUGCAAAUGGAAGUGCAAAUGGAAGUGCAAAUGGACGUGGUAAUAACAGCCGAAGUAGUAAGCGUAACGGUAAUCGCAGUGGAAACCGUAGUGGAAACCUCAACAGCAGCAGUGAAAGAAAGAUGAACACCUACAAGAACAUUGGUGAAAAUCCCGCAAGAAGGAGAUCGAAUCAUUAUGAUAUUAAUUUUAAUCAUUCGUCUUCACUCUUUUUAAACAAGGGGUUGAAUAGUUCGUUGGAAUUAUUUAACGAUGGAAACUGCAAUGAGGGCAACAAUUGCAAUGGAUGCGAUAACUGCAGUGGAUGCAGUGGUUACAAUGAUUGUAAUGACGAUAUGAUGUUACAUAGAUACUUGACUAGAAGGAGAAGAGGAGCAAUGGGGGAUUUUACAGACAAGUUAGGUGCAGAAGAAAGGAGAGGGAAAAAAAAAGAUAAGCGUAGAUUGAUGCAAAGUAGAGGGUGCAGUGAAAACAUGCAAGAUAAUUAUCAUGAUAAUGACAUUGAUAAUAAUAAUAAUAAUAAUAGCAAUGGAAAUAGAAAUGGAAAUGGAAAUGGAAAUGGCUAUGGAAACGAUAAUAAUAAUGAAGAAGGGGAGGAAGAUGAGGAGGUGGGCGAAGAGGAAAAUGAUGAAGAUGAAAGACAAAAUAGUAUUAACUUUCUUAAAUUAGAAGAUAAAGAAAAAAAUUAUCAUCUUAUAAGCAAUUUUUACAAUGAUGGUAAAAAAAAAUUAGACCUCAAGAACAUGUAUUUAAAUGGUAAUACAAGAAACAGUAAUUCAUCAUACAACAAUAUGGUUACAUGUAACAAAAAUAAAGAUUUAAAAAAUGAUCAUAAUGAAGGAAAUUUAUGUAAUAUAUAUUCAUCCAAGUUAAGAGUUAAAGAUGAAAGAAAUAAGAACGUUAACUUUUAUUUAAAUAAUUUUACUGUAGAAUAUGGUAGAGGAAGAAGGAACAAAAUGGUUAACCAGAAUUACGUUAACAAUUAUGAAGUUGAAAGGAAAAAUUAUGGAAAAAGAGAUAUGUCGACCCUCAAUGGAGGUCCUACUAGUACUAGUGCUUCUGUUGAUGUAAAUAAUACUAAGUCCUCCUCUAUGCCCGAUGCAAAUGGUAAAAUGAAUAAUUGUGUCACAUUUAUUACGAGCGGUAGAAACAAUAGCAAGGAUAAGAUAAAACUAAACAAAGAUGGAUCUCCCACACCGAUGGGUAAGGCUAACAGUAGUGCGACUGGUGGUGGUACUACUAUCGGUGCAGCUUCUUCUGGAGGUAAUACCUCCAAAGGGGUGGGUACUAGAAGAGUAAAUGCAAAAGUCAAGAAUAAUAACGAUGUAGUUGGUGCUAAUGAAAAUUACGAAUUUAAAUUUUCUGCUUCAGAGCUGAAACCACAAAGAGGAGUUUACUUUGAUAGAUCCCAAAAGGCAUGGAUUGGUAGCUGGUAUGAAGAAGGAAAACAGAUAAAGAGAAGAUUUAAAAUAAAAUAUUAUGGAUGGGAUGAGGCAAGGAAUUUAGCCACCAAGGCUAGGUUUGCCUUUGAAAACAGAACAAAAAAUUUGAAGAACAGCAAGAAGAGAAGCAGUGCAGGAGCGAACAACACAGCGAGUGGAAGCGGCGGAAGUAGUGGCAAUGGAAAUGGAAACAAUCAUUGUUUGAAUGAAGAAGGCAUGGGUGAUACUAUCCUUGACGAAAACAGUACAAAUAUAAACAAAACCAAUGCAGUCUCUAAUUACACUGUAGGUGCACGUAUGAAUAGUCAAUGUGCAAGUAGUGGCAGCAGAAAUAAUUAUAAUGAGGUAGAUGUUUCUAAAAAUUAUAAUGAAAAUUACGAGAACAAUACUGUUUAUAAUGAAGGGGGUGUAGUAAACAGAAGAAUUUCUUCGAGAAGGGGUACUACACUCAGAAGUACGAGCGAACAUGUAGAUGAUUCUAAUGAAGCCCCCAUUCAAAAGAGGGAUGGAAGGAGAAAUGUAUACAAUAGCAAUUGCAACAUCAAUGGUAGGAAUUCCAAAGUACCCGAGAACAAUAACUAUGAACGGAGGAGCGGCAUGGUAGAAGAGGGGAAGCACAGGCUCAAUAACAGCUCCUGUCGCGCCAGUAAUGAUAACAGUAACAACACUAACAGUGGUAAUAAUAGCAAUAAUAGUAACAACAGCGGCAAUAGUAGCGGUACUAAUAAUAUUACGUCGAUGGAAAAAAGGAACGGGAAAAAUAAUAAGUAUGCAGACAGCAUGAAUUAUAGUAGUAACGUUGAUGGUUUGUGCAUAUUUGACGGUGCUACGAAGGAGAAGAAGUUGAACGAAACAAACCAGAAUAGAGAUGAUUUCGAUUAUGAAAACGUUGUGUAUGAUGAAUAUGCUUAUGGAAAAGGUGGAAAUUAUCCUUACAAAAAUGAAUCCAGCUGUGAUGGUUAUUCUGCUAUUUCUCGUCGUCUUGGUGGUGCUAAUAGUAGUAGUAACACCAAUGACAAGGGGCAAGAUGCAGCCCAUUUUGGGGAGUGGAACAGCUUGCAGUCAGCGAAAGGAAGUUUUUCUAAAGAGGAAUACAUUAAUAGAACUAGUGGUAACAAUAAUGCGAACAGCACUGGUAACAGCAUUGGUAGUAAAGGCAUAGCAUCCAUCAGGUUUGAAGAUAUAUCAAGGGAUAAUUACGGCAGUGUUGAUAUAACUGAUGGUAGAGUUAGGAUGAAGAACCAAAAUCAGGGUGGUAACAAACACUAUGACGAAUAUUACGGGAAAAAUGUUUUGGAAGAAAAUACAUUGGAGGAGGAGUAUGAGCAUGGGGAUCUAAAAAAUAGGAGGAGCAAUUAUAGCGGCAGUGUAGACCUAAAUUAUGACUACUGUAACGGAGUGAACAGCUCUGACAGAAGCGGUAAUAUAGGAAGCAAUGGAGGUAAUAACAGUUUCGGUAGUGGAAGGAAAGAGAAAAGUAAAGAUAACAAUAGCGAUGUGAGUAAUGUAGAUAGCAAGACACGGAAUGUAUAUUUAAAAUAUCCUAAUCCUAAAAGUAUGGAUACAGUUAUAACGUAUGCUAAGUCAAAUACUAAAAGAGCUUGUGACAGUAGUCUACUUGAUAACUCAGUUAUAUUACCUCAAGGUGUUUUUUAUCAAGAUUCGAAAAAAGCAUUCUGUGCUAAUUGGUAUUCGAAUGGAAAACAAGAAAAAAGGUAUUUCUCUAUCAACAAGUUUGGUGAAGAGAGAGCUCGAAAUCUGGCCAUUGCCGCGAGGAAGAAAUUUGAACACGUGUAUAAAAAGAACAACAAUGCGAAUGCUAACGUGAAUACUAAUGUAAAUGUUAGUGGUAAUGCCAAUGUGAAGGACUUAUCAUCUACUUGUGCCAUUACGAAGAGCGAGUCAAUCAAAGAUAGUGCAUAUAUUGAUUCAUUCAAUGUAGACGAAUUCCAUGGAAAAAGUAAAACGGUACAUUCAAACUAUCAGAGUCAUUAUCACAAUAAUAGCAAUUUAAAUGUAGAUGAUAAAAAGGGUAGUAGUACGAAGAAAAACAGUAGUACUUACAGUAAUGAUAACUCCAGCGGUAGUGUUAGCGGUAACAAGGGCAGUAGCGUCAGCGGCAGAGCUGUGGAGGCGCACCCUAUGAUCAACAAUGCAGAUAUGCGCUUCUCAUCGAACGUGUGUUGUACGAGCGUAGAUAACAAUAAUGGUAGUAGCAAUGUAAGUCACUCUACGUUUAAUGAAAUUAACAAGAAUAAUGAUAAUGUACAUAAUAAUAAUAGCAGCAAUACAUAUAACAACAAUAGCAGUGGUGUAUAUAAUAGCUGCAAUGUAAUAACCAUCGACAGAAAUGUAGAAGAUGAUCAUAUGAACGCAACGAGUGAGGGUGUACCUGACAUCCGUAACUAUGCAAAUGAUAACAAUACAUAUGUAAAUAAUACGCACUCAAAUAAUACGAACGCAAAUAAUACGAACGCAAAUAAUACGCACGCAAAUAAUCCUCUUUUAGGUAAUGCACAUGAUAGUAACGGACAUGAUAACAAUGCUACUACCGAUAUGAUAAAUAGCAGUAUAAAAAAUCUCGUCCAUAGUAUGAAAAAGUGUUCGGACAAUAUGAGUGAGCAUAAUGAGUGUAUGGAGAAGGAUGAUAAGGAAAGAAGCAGCAGAAACGUUCAUGUUGACGAUGGAAAUGAUGAUGAUACAAAUGAUGAUGAUGCAAACGACGAUGAUGCAGUUGACGAUGAUGCCAAUGAUGUUAACGUGGAUGAUGUAAAUGUAGGUAUGAACGUAGAUGCAAAUGUUGAUGGAAGCAGACUUUGUAACGGUGAGGAAAUUAUAGGAGGUAAAGGAAUACCAGUAAACAUUCUAAAUAGCAAACGAAGUAAUAUAUUUAUAAAUAAAAAUGAUAUGACUGUCCCUGCCAAUGGUAACAGUGGUAAUAAUGAAAACGAUGGUUACAACGAUAACAGUACUUACGAUCAUAACAACGAUAACAAUGAUAAGGAUCAUAACAAUGAUAAGGAUCAUAACAACGUUUACAACGAUAACAACGAUUACGACUACAACUGCAACGAUGGUAAUAACAUUGACAUUUUUAAAAUGUCGAAUCAAGAGAGUAAUAUACAUUUAUAUAUACCUGCCUUAAAUGAAAAAGUAAAUAAAGAAACUAUGGCAGAUGAAGAGAUUAAUAUGUCAUUGUCCUCACCUAGUACCACAUUUGAACAUAAAGUAAAGGACUAUCCUUCUUCUCUUGACUUGUUUAAUAAUAAAGGGAGUCAAAAAAAUGGAAUAAAUAAAAAUGUGAGAAAAGAAAUAGAUGAUGUUAGUAUUUAUAACAAACUAGAUAAAACAAGUUCUACACCUGCAGGAGUUUACAUGAUAAGAAUUAAUGGUAUUGUUCAAGCUUGGCGGGCGGAAUGGAGAAGCCCUAGUGGAUGUAAACGAACAAAAAAUUUUGGUAUUAAUACGUAUGGAAGUAGCUUAAGUAAAAAGUUAGCUAUUGAGAUGAGAGCAAGGAUGACAGGCGAGUGUUUAGUUUCAGAUGACGGCACCAUUUUCGACUACACAAACAAGAAGGGUUCCAAGAACAGUUAA